AUGUCCGAUGGCUCGAACUCCCCCGAUGUCGAGUGCUUCGAAGCACUACCAGAGAAGCAAUACCAGAUAAUACAGUUGAAGCCAUCGGGUCGUCAGCGAGUGGUCCAGUAUAUACGUUUCACAAACGUUCCACCGGAUAUUAUAGAAAGGUUCUCAUCAAAAUCUGCUCGACUAAUGUUCAACAACAACACACGCUCGAUGAUUAUAAAGCUGGUGGGUAAACCCCAUGAAAUUGCUUCGUAUACCCUUGGGCUCGAAAUUCAUGAUGGGCUGCGUGAUAUAGGGUUGAAUAAAUCGAUUACGGUGGUAGGGUCUGCACGCGUUAAGGGCGAAGACCCGCCUCGGCUUCACCUCCUUAGGCUACUAAGUAAGGAGACCAACUCUUUGAUCACUAAGGAGAAUGGUUGA